UGAACACCUACCUCUUCAUGAUGCAGGCUCAAGGCAUCCUGCUGCGGGACAACGUGAGGACCAUAGGCGCUCAGGUGUAUGAGCAGGUGGUUCGCAGCGCUUACGCCAAGAGGAACAGCAGCCUGAACGACUCAGAUUACCCUCUUGACUUGAACCACAGCGAGUCCUUCCUCCAGACCACAACAUUCCUUCCUGAAGACUUCACCUACUUCGCAAACCACCCCUGCCCGGAGAGGCUCCCUUCCAUGAAGGGCCCAAUAGACAUAAAUAUGAGUGAAAUCGGAAUGGAUGACAUUCACGAGCUGUUCUCCAGAGACCCCGCCAUCAAGCUUGGAGGUCACUGGAAGCCUUCUGAUUGUGAGCCUCGGUGGAAGGUGGCCAUCCUUAUCCCCUUCCGGAACCGGCACGAACACCUCCCGGUCCUGCUCAGACACCUGAUCCCCAUGCUUCAGCGCCAGCGCCUGCAGUUUGCAUUUUAUGUUGUUGAACAAGUUGGCACUCAACCCUUUAAUCGAGCCAUGCUUUUCAAUGUUGGUUUUCAAGAAGCAAUGAAGGACUUGGAUUGGGACUGUCUGAUUUUUCAUGACGUGGAUCACAUACCAGAAAGUGAUCGCAACUAUUAUGGGUGUGGACAGAUGCCCAGGCACUUUGCAGCUAAGUUGGAUAAGUAUAUGUAUCUGCUUCCCUAUGCUGAGUUCUUCGGGGGCGUGAGUGGCUUAACGGUGGAACAGUUUCGGAAGAUCAAUGGCUUUCCCAACGCUUUCUGGGGCUGGGGUGGAGAAGACGACGACCUCUGGAACAGGGUACAGAACGCAGGCUAUUCUGUGAGCCGACCCGAAGGUGACACAGGGAAAUACAAGUCCAUUCCUCACCACCACAGAGGAGAAGUCCAGUUUCUCGGAAGGUACGCCCUGCUGAGGAAGUCCAAGGAGCGGCAGGGGCUGGACGGCCUCAACAACCUGAACUACUUUGCAAACAUCACGUACGACGCCUUGUAUAAGAACAUCACUGUCAACUUGACACCCGAGCUGGCUCAGGUGACCGAGUACUGAGGGAGAGAGGCGUGUGGGCUUUGCCAUCGCCACCACAGACGUAGCCUGGUGACCCGUCGGGGUCUCCACAGGAAGGGCCGAGAAGCAGAGUCUAAGGAAGGAUCACAGGGUUCCAGGGAAGACCGACACAGCACCCGCACAGACGCCAUCGCUGCAGGGCCGCUGGGGCCGAGGGGUCGUCUCUGGACGCCCUCGUCAGCGCUGGCUUUUUGUUUCCAUGAGACAGACGUCUGUCCUGCUGCCCUCUCCCCGUCUCCCCACCCUAGCGUCCCAUCGGCACCACACUCUCCAGAACCCAUGACGGGACGCUGGGAGCCGCCCUGGGCCUGGCUGGGCCGCCACUGCGAACACCUUUGGAGCCCGGGCAGCCCGGCCUGGCAGCUGCGCGCCAGGAAGCGCUGGAACUCCGCACCUCCGCACCAUUCUUUGCAUCUCCGGUGUUCUCUGUUUUUUGUUUUUUUUUAAAUUACUUGCUUUGGGAGGGGAUUGAGGGUGGAAGG